AUGGUGCAUAGAGGGAAGGGGGAGAGGGAAGGGAAGGUCCCAUGGCAGUUGGGAGAAGAAUUGGGAGUACACAUACCUAGAUUUCUAGCGGUGAAACAUGCGACUACUACGGCAGAGUACCUCCUUAACACAUUGACGACAAUACGACCCACCGAUGGGUCGUAUCAGUUUGUCCGCGUCGGACAAUACGACCCACCGUGUCUGACCAUGAAUCCGAGUCGCCGUCGUCAUCAUCUUCCUCCUCGUCUUCUUCUGAACUAUCAUAAACCCCUACCAAACAUCCGGCACUGUCGUCGUGCUCAUCAGCCUCUUCCUCUUCUCCACUUUCAAUCAGAAGGCGUAGUGCUCCAAAUGGAGAGUGAAACAGGCCCCGGUCCUAAGAAAAUGGGAAAGGUUGGGACUCUCAUUCCAGGACCUCAGCUCUUCCUUAUUGGGCUCGCAUUGGGUCAAAUUGGAAAUGGCGCUUAUUGGACCAUAUCGGCCACAAAUACGGAAAAAUUGACACAAAUCGUGCCACCAUUAAGUAACGGCACUCAUUCAUCCCUUGCCUCAUUCCUCUUCGAGUAUGGACAGAAAGUUCGAGAGUCCAUGUUCAUCAUCUACAGUAGAGACGUGAAACAGUUGGUAAAAUGUCGCUUCCACGGUGGAUUAUACGAGAGAUUGGAAGAUAUUGAGGAAUACGAUCACGAUAUAAUCAUCAUAGAUCGUUGCCGGGGUUUCUUCUUCUUGAAGGUCAACUACCUUGAUGAGAAGCAACUGGAAGAAACGGGUGAAAGAAUCCAUCUCAUCAAGAAAAAAAUAGAUGAUGCAGAGAAAGACUUGAAAUAUCUGAAGGUAUUGAUGAAAGAAGCUGGCAUGACGCAAGUGAAUAAGUGCUUCUCUCAUCAUUUCCCCGUCGUCGCAUUUCCCAAGGUUCCAAAAAAAGAACAGCAACCUGGAAAUGACCUGGUACUGUAUGAAGAGGACUGCAAGUCCAAACCACAGUUUGAGUCUUGGUGGGAACAACAUAUCAAGAACAAGACAUUCAACUUGGAGGAGGAACCUCACCGCACCCUUUUGGCUAUUUUUGUGGCUCCGCUAUAUGCGACUCCAGCCUUGGACAAUGGGGAAACAGUCUUUCAGUUUCUCACAGAGGAGGAACUAAAUAUGCUAGUCAAUGCGCCGACCAUAUGCGAGAUGAAGGUACUAGAUUCCAUGACUCCCCGACUCCCAAACUCCCAGACGCUGGUGAAAGAGAAGGUUCGGAACAUCAUUACGAAAUGGUUCUCCAAGAGGCAAAUAUGCACUGUGCCUGAGCGUAUCCUCAUCCUUGGUCCCACUGGAAAUGUCAUGGAAGAGCUGAGAAACUCAAUGCCAGGUUGGAUCGGGAAAUCUGUAAUGGCUGCAUAUUCUACACAGGCCAAGUCUUUAAAGGAAUGGGAAAAGGAAAAUAAGGUUUUCACUGUGCUUCGGGGAAGCCUCACCUUCUGUGAACUCUCCUCCAUCGAUAUGAAUAAGAAAACUAGACGAGAUGAAGAGAGUUCUGAUAAAGAACCUGCAUGUGGCAUUGAGUCAAUGGUGACAGAGGAAUCUGGCAUGUCUGCCAAUGCCCAAUUCGACAGCUGCACAAGAAGCAUGGUUGGUGACAUGAUUAGAGCAAUCGAACCAACAGCGAAAUUUCCAUUUCUAAAAGAUUUAUCAGAAAUGAAUGAACUGUGCAGGAACCUGAUGGAAAUAAAAGAAAAAGUGAAGGACUUGAUAAGAAAAAAGGAAAGUAUCCAGAAGGAUGAGAUAUCUCUUGAAGUUGAGCCUGUGCUUGGAGAAGAGGCUGUGGAAAGAGUCGAACCCCUCAUCCAUGGAGUGUAUUCCAUAGAUCAAGAGCACAGUGUUGGACAAAAUAUGGGAAAUAAGAGGGCUAGACUUAGUAAACAAUCUGAAAGUGAACCAUCAUCUUGUGAAGGCUCCUCGAAACUGCAGGAACUGCAGAAAUGUAUGGUGGAAAUGCAACAGCUCGUCAGUCAUUUUAGUGUAGUCUUUGAUCUUGACCAAGUGCCCGUCAAUGAACACAGGAAAAGUAGAGAAAUUCAAAGCGAUGAAGAUUCUCAGAAAGACUCUGUACCUUGUCAAGUGCCCAUAAAAGUGGAGGAAUCCCUCAUUUCUGCCGUCUUCCUUUGUGACCGAGAGGACUCAAAUAGAAGAAAUUCAUGUAACGAGAUGAAUGAACCCAUUGGAAAUACUGGGGAAGAGUCUACACCUCAGGAAAAGCCCUUAGAAAGGAAGGAACUACUGCAAAGCCUUAUAAAAGAGCUGAAAUACUGGAUGCAAGUUUUCAGUCAUGCACUCAACCUUUUUUACCCUGACGUUUUAUUUAUUGACCAAGAGUACUGCAUGGAAAGGAACAAUAGUACUGAAAUGAGCGAACCGGAUGAAGAAUCUCAGGAAGAUUAUUCAUUCAUUGAUGACUAUCUGGAGAAGCAGAUGGAAGAGACGAAAAUUUCAUUUGACGAAUUCAAGAAGUCUGUGACCCGGGAGUUGAAGUCUUCUUCACAAUUGAACGAGAUAGAGUUACUUUUCCUUCUAAUAACGAGAUUGUUCCCUCCAGAGCUAAACAUCAAUGCAGACGGAAGUAACAUGAACAUUGGACAUGCUCAUAUAGAGUCUGAGGAAUCGUCUUCAACUCAUGGAAAUGCUAAUCCCGAAACGAGGGAAAUGCUGACUGAGGAAUCGUUUUCAAUUCAUGGAAAUGCUAAUCCCGAAACGAGGGAAAUGCUGACUGAGGAAUCGUCAUCAAUUCAUGGAAAUGCUAAUCCCGAAACGAGGGAAAUGCUCUCUGAGGAAUCGUCUUCAAUUCAUGGAAAUGCUAGUCCUGAAAAGAGAGAAAUAAAGAGUCUGAUUGAACUGAUUUCGCGUCUGCAGGCAAUACUCAUAAAAACAGUCUCCUGUGUUGAGCAAGGAGCUGUUAAUAGAGAAUACAAUGACGCGAAAGAACUCCCAAAGUUGCGCAUACCGAAGCUGCAAGAAAUGCAGGAGGAUGGAAAGAAGUUCGAUCACGUAUUUGUGCUCGGAGUACAAGACCUCUGCCGAAUUUGGAAUGAGCUUUGGUUUCAAGACCUUCUUGACCUUCGCCUAGUUGUAAGCCCCAUCAGCAGAAGUGAACCAGCAAGAGGAUUGCCGUGGAUUGACCAGGCCAAAGAAUUCAUUAAGGCAACAUAUCCCCUUGUGGAAAGUGAGCAAAAAACGUACCUGGUCCCUCCUGUUUACAAUGAAGAGGAGUGGAGGGAGGCUGCCAAGACGCCCGGAGAGGCGGCCGAGAGAAACCUCGUUCUUCGCCUCUAUCAGCUAGGACGAGAAAAACAGUGGCCAAUGUUCAUCACUUAUAACCGUGACUUUGUCCACCUUAUCAAAACAGGGAAUGUAGGAGGUGGAUUAGAGAAAAUUAUGUCAGGAGAACAUGACAUCUUGUUGAUACAUCGCAACUUUGGGGUCAUCUUCAUACAAGUGAAAAGCCUUUUUAUUCAGCAGGGGAAAAUGCAGAAAAGCCGCAGAGCAGUAGUUAGGAGGAACGUCAAGGCUGCCAAUGAACAGUUAGAGAAAGAUGUUUGCAGCCUGGACACCACCAUGGAAGAAUGCAAUCUGCAGAAAGCGAAAGUAUCCCUCCGUAUUAUUGCACUCUGGAAUGUGCAGAGGGAUGAAGUGAAGGGUAUACCGCUGGGUAAAAACACUGUCUUCCUUUGCGAAGAAGAUUGCAAGUCGACGGAGAACAUGGAGAAAUGGUGGGAGGAACACAUCCUCAAACCUCAUCUGCAAGACUUCUCAAUGGAUUACAAUACUUAUCUUCAACUUCUAGCAAUGAGGAAGGGAAAGGGCAAACCAGGAUCCCACGAAGCGAAUCUGACUUCGAGGAUCCGGUCUGCAACUUGGGAAAUAUUCCUAUUCUAUCAAUUUCUACAAAAUUCUCUCGCCUCACUCCCGCACGAAAAGAAGCGGAUAUGGGCACUCAAAACGGAGAUCAUUCGACGUCUCAUCCACUCAUUCACUCCCGAGACUUUGGUCCGUAGGUCUUUGGCCUUAGAUAUCUUGAACGAAAGCAUCAGACUCAUGGCAUUCCAGGAAGUGAAGCUCCUGACCCAGCUAAUAAAUGAAGAAUCUGUGGGUCAUUCAAUGCUGGGAAUGAGUCUUCGGUUAUCUGAAUGCCGUACCCUGAUGGCGGAACUACCCGAAACCACGCAGCACGUUGUACUCGGGGACAUGAAAAAGAUCCUCCAGACCCAGGAGCCCCCUCUCCACCACGUUUUCGUCGACGAAGCCGAAGACUUGUGUGACUCAUUCUCACACCACUUGUUGACCUCACUUCGUUCCCUCCAGAAAGGAGGAUACUUUUGGCGGGCCUAUGACCCCUUUUCCUUCUCAAAUGUGCCAGGUUCGUUGAAAAAGGAGUUAGAAGGUGGUUAUUACUUACCCACUGUCUUGCGUAACCCGGAAUGCGUGUUCCGUACCUGGAGCUCUGACCUCUUACCCGAGGAAGACUUCGUAUUGUAUGAAACCAGCACCAGCGACACCAGAUAUAAAAGAGAAGAAAUCCGACUGGGACACUCCAUACACGGGCCCAAGGUGCAAAACUUUCUCGUUUCCAGUUCCAAUCUAGCCGAAAAGAUCCUGGCAAUUUUAGAAGACAAGUUUGGGAGUGGGACACCCCCCGGGGACAUUGCCAUCCUCUUCGCCGACCAAGGGGAUUUCAACUUCCACGAAAAAGGGCUGAGGGAGAAAAUGGAAUCGAAACUCUAUGUUUCACCCAAUACCCAUCGCCUCGUUGUUGAAUUCGCAGGAUUCUUUAAGGGCAUGGAGGCCCCCAUCGUGUUCUUGAUCACCAAUCAAAGAGUGAAGAAGAGGGAAUUUGUUUACAUUGGAGCAUCUCGAAGCACGUCUCACCUCAUUCGACUGAACAUGGAGGCCAGUCAGGAAGAGGAAGAGGCUGCUCAGAGUGAAGACUUACAGGAAUUCCUGAGACUACUGCCAGCUGAUUGGUCUGAAGAAUCGAAGAAGGCUGCAGAAAACAUAUUCCACGAUAGUCACUAUAAGUUGUAG